AAACAUGAAAAUAGGGUCAGAUCUGGUAGUUAGUGGGGAGCUGUAAUCGGUAUGUUAACUCAAUGACCCUCCGGAGGACAUUGAAAUGCCCCAUAAACUCAGCUUCCGACAGGGCAAGCGGAGCGGGAGGUUCCUGGUGGAGAGUCAGACGCGAUCACCAGGAUGGAACACGGGAGCCUCACUAUGGUGGCGGUCCGCCUGACCCUUCUGUCUGUUGACGGCGCAUUGGAACCUCUCGUGGGCAGCGUUCCAAACCUCCUCUGCACGCCGGAACCACUCAUCCACCGCAUGGGCUUCGAUCUGGCUCGGUGUCCACGGGGCCAGGGCCGGCUGGUACCCCAGGACGCACUGGUAGCGAGACAUCUCGGUGGAGGAGUGACAAAGUGAGUUCUGAGGCCCACUCCCCCUACCGGUCCAGACAGUGACUCAUAAGGAACCCCCCCCACCAGGUCCUGGUUGGUCCUCUCCACCUGCCCAUGGGAAAGAGGCCAGUAUCCGGAUGUGAGACUGACCAUGACCCCCAGCUUCUCCGUGAAGGCUCUCCCACAGUGAGAGUGAGUGGUGCUGUGAUGUGCGUUAUUGUGCCGGAUCCCAAUGGUCGCAUAUCCGGGGCUUGGGACAGGAAAAGGAGAGGAGAGCGGAUAUUAGGUUAAGUUCAGGGAGGAGGCGUGGGCCUGGUCGAUGAUGUUCCCAGCAGCACCGGAGUCCAUGAGAGCUGUAGAGAGAACACUUGAGGCACAGCUGCGCGUAUAUGAUGGGUUGCCAGGACUGAUGAGAGGAGUCAGUAGUACCAUGCAAUGCUAAACUGAGCCAAUCCGAGCCAAGCCAAGCGGAUCUGAACGGAAGUCCUUGUCACAUCUCAUAGCGUGGUGUCUCAGAUGGAGCUGAAGGUGUGGGUGGAUGGAGUGGUGCGCGUGGUCUGUGGCCUAUCAGAGGAGACUUCCUGCCAGGAUGUGGUCAUCGCACUGGCUCAGGCCAUUGGUCAGACAGGUCGCUAUGUGCUAAUCCAGAGACUGAGGGACUCAGAGAGGCAACUGUUAGCCAAUGAGAAGCCCCUUGAGUCCCUGGCCAAGCUGGGCCAGCACAGCAACGAUGUCCAGUUCUUCCUGCGCCGCACCGGCCCCAGUAGCAGUGAUGGACCAGGGUCUGGUUCUGGUACCAGCCAGGACCGGGUCACCCCUCUUCCCCUGCCCAAACACCCCGACCCAGAGCCCCUCAAACACAACCAGCCCAAGAAGUCCCUCACCUUCAACCUGGGGCCCUCCACCUCCCCCAGAACCAAAGCCAAGCAGCUCAUCAGAAAGUCUCCCCGCGACUCCCCCGAACAGAGGACCUCACCCAGCCCCAUCCCUCCCCAAAAUGCUGCCUCCUCACACUCCUCUUCUCCCUCCCCCCACUCUCCCUCUCCCUCCCCUCCAGUGGGCCCGUCCAAAGAGGAGGUUUUCCGGCAGGUUCUACAACAGCAGGAGAGGCUGAGGGCCAUUGAGGCCCAGCUGGAAACCAUGGAGAGAGACUCUCGGUCCUGGAACAGGGCCUCCCCGGCCCCCUCCCCUGUCCCAGAGGCUCGUCUCCCGGAGGAGAUGGAAGCUCUGGAGCAGGCAGCCAGGAGGAACCAGGCCGAGUUGGCCCACGAGACGUUCUGGGAGGAAGAGCUGCAGGCGGAGGUGGAGAGAGAGAGGGGGAUGAGGAGGAGGCUGGGGGAGCUCCAUUCCAAGAUGGACGACUGCGGCAGGCGACUCCACGACUUCUCAUCUCGCUCCGCCCAGCUUGAGCAGCAGAUCCAACGGGAGAGCCUAGGGGGCGCCGCCCAGCCUGGGAGGGCCAAUCAGGCAGGGGGUGAGGAGUCCCUAGGGGCGAUCAGGGCGGAGCUACAGAGCCAGGGGAGGCACAGCGAGGAGCUGGAGGGGGCGUUAUCAGAGACGGACAAGGCUCUGGGGAAGGCCGAAACACUGCUGCAGGAGAAGCAGGAGGAGUUGGAGGAGCUGAACAAGGAGUUGAGGCAGUGUAACCUGCAGCAGUUCAUCCAGCAGGCGGGCGUCCUGCCGACACACACACACUCACGCACAGACCUCAGCGACCAACUAGAACUAGCUCACCUGCUACAGGAAGGAUAUAGGAAUGGAGGCCUGAGUCUGCUCCCCUCAGAGUCGCCUCCCCGCCCCACAGCCAAGCAGUUCCUGGGACACCCCCGCAACCUGCAGAACCCGCUGGUGUCCAGCCUCAACCCUGAGGUCGUGACAUCCAGAGAAUCGUCAUGGAGAUAAAACAAGGGACAGCAGGGCCAAGGAGUUGUUCACUGUUCAGUUAAAGGGAUAGUUCACCCAAAUUAUAAAAUUACAGGAAACAGUGCCAGGAACACUAAUCCAAAGCAUGGAUUGUUGUCAUGCAUUGUCUGUACUGCUUACAUGGUAUGGAAACCAAUAUGUCCUUUUGUGAUUUGGGUGAACUAUCCCUUUAAUGUCACCACCACAUAUUCUAUUUAACCCCUGUUUGUCUUUAUAACUACUGUCUGUCAUUAUUAUUAUCCAGAUUACCACAUAUGCUACGGUGGAGGCUGCUGAGGGGAGGACGGCUCAAAAUAAUGGCUGUAAUGGAGUCAAUGGAAUGGUAUCAAACGCAUGUGGUUGAUACCAUUCCAUUUACUCCGUUCCAGACAUUAUUAUGAGCCGUCCUCCCCUCAGCAGCCUCCACUGACAUACUAUAUACAUACUGUAUAUACUACAUAAAUAUAUUUACAGCAUUUGGCUACUGUAUACCAUAUGAAGUAAGAUACAUAGUACCUAUGUAUGAAAUGUAAAAUAAUUUAGGAAACCUUUUACCUAGAGAAUUAUUACUUUUUCUGUGUAUUUAAAUAUAAUAAAAGAUGAGGCAUUAUGUUUUA